AUGGCUGCGGACUUGCCCAAAAUUAAGCUGUACUGGCUCAACCACUCGCGCUCCCAGCGCAUAGUAUGGCUCCUCGAAGAACUCGGGGUCCCCUACGAAAUAGAGGUCUUCCACCGCGAUGAGGAAACCCUCCUUGCGCCCAAGGAGCUGGAGCAGAUUCACCCCCUGGGUAAAUCGCCCGUGAUUGGCAUCGUGCCGCCCGGCGGCGAUGAAAGCAAGCCCAUCGUCUUGGCGGAGAGCGGCUUCAUGACGCAGUAUCUCGUGGAUCAUGUUCCCGAGGGGAAGAAGCUGAUGCCCCAGCAGUGGCAGGACGGCAAGGAGGGCACCGUCGGCGGCGAGACUGACGCGUGGCUGCGGUAUGGCUACUAUAUGCAUUACGCCGAGGGGAGUUUGAUGCCGUACUUGGUUUUCGCGCUGGUCGUGUCUCGCCUCAAGUCGCCUCAGGUUCCUUUCCUCGCGCGCCCCAUCACGUCCAUUAUUGCCAACCGCAUCGUCUCCAUGUUCGUCUACCCCAAUGUCAAGAAACACCUUGCAUUUCUGGAUGACCAGCUCGCGACUUCGGGUGGCAAGUAUCUGUGUGGUGACAAGCUUACUGCUGCGGAUAUCCUGAUGAGCUUCCCUGUCAUUGCUGGGUCGAGCCGGUUUGAUGAGCUGGGCUCCUUUGAGGGCGGCUCGUGGGAGAAGGCGUUUCCAAAGGUCGCCGCGUACGUCAAGGUGUUGGAGUCGGAGGAUGGGUACAGGAGGAGCGUGGAGAAGAUUGAGGCUAUUGAUGGCACGUUUGAGGCCUCGUUGUGA